AUGGGCAGUGAUCAAUUUUGCUUUUGUUGCCACAGAAAGAAGCACUUAAUCUUUUCGCUGCUGGUUCUUCUGAUCUCAAGCGUCAUCCUUGUCAGAUUUCAAACCGAAGGAAGAGCAAUCAGCAAGCUGCUUGAAGUAAAUGGAGUUGGAGAGGAAGAAGGGAAAUUCAUGGUGAGGAGUAAGACAAUUGGAUCGAGGCCGCCAAAGUGCGACAACAGAUGCGGCUCCUGCGGUGGCCACUGUGAAGCAGUCCAAGUCCCCGUGACGACAAUGCAGGGGAGAAGGCAGGGGAGGAGCAGCCGUUUCAGUGUUGCCUACACCUCCAGAGGUGAAGAUUACUCCAACUACAAACCCAUGAGUUGGAAGUGUAAAUGCGGAAACUCCAUUUUCAAUCCUUGA